AUGAUUGCCAAAUCAGACAGCUCUGCCUUCCGCCUCCCACCGUCUUGGAUUCCUCAGGGCACCACCACUUACGUGAACCUGGCCAACCUUGGUGCCGCACAGGCUGCUGGGUGCCUGGAUCCCUGCUGCCUUGCUGCCGCCGCCUGCGCGCCUCAGUGCUGCCAGGACGUGACCAAGUGCAUCACCACGUGUGAUCCCUGCUGCCAGGAUGUGACCAAGUGUGUCACCACGUGUGAUCCCUGCUGCCAGGACGUGACCAAGUGUGUCACCACGUGUGAUCCCUGCUGCCAGGACGUGACCAAGUGCACCACUACGUGUGAUCCCUGCUGUCAGGACGUGACCAAGUGCACCACUACGUGUGAUCCCUGUUGCCAGGAUGUGACUAAGUGCGUCACCAGAUGUCAAGAUCCAUGCUGUACUGAGGUGACCAAGUGCACCACCACGUGUGUAGAUCCCUGCUGUGGCAGAGUGACCAAGUGCACCACCAGAUGCGUAGAUCCAUGCUGUAGACCUGUGACCAAGUGCACCACAACGUGUGUGGAUCCCUGUUGCCGGGACGUGACCAAGUGUGUCACCACAUGCGUGGAUCCCUGCUGUCAGGACGUGACCAAGUGUGUCACCACGUGUGAUCCCUGUUGCCAGGACCUGACCAAGUGCAUCACCACAUGCGUGGAUCCCUGCUGUCAGGAUGUGACCAAGUGCACCGCUACGUGUGAUCCCUGUUGCCAGGAUGUGACUAAGUGCGUCACCAGAUGUCAAGAUCCAUGCUGUACUGAGGUCACUAAGUGCACCACCACGUGUGUGGAUCCCUGCUGUGGCAGAGUGACCAAGUGCACCACCAGAUGUGUAGAUCCAUGCUGUAGACCUGUGACCAAGUGCACCACCACAUGCGUUGAUCCGUGUUGUGGGGAGGUGACCAAGUGCACCACCAGGUGUGUGGAUCCCUGCUGCCAGGAUGUGACCAAGUGCACCACAACAUGUGUGGAUCCCUGUUGCCAAGGGGUAACCAAGUGCACCACUAAGUGUGUGGAUCCCUGCUGUAGACCUGUGACCAAGUGCACCACCACGUGCGUUGAUCCGUGUUGUGGGGAAGUGACCAAGUGCACCACCACGUGCGUUGAUCCGUGUUGUGGGGAAGUGACCAAGUGCACCACCACGUGCGUUGAUCCGUGUUGUGGGGAAGUGACCAAGUGCACCACCACGUGCGUUGAUCCGUGUUGUGGGGAAGUGACCAAGUGCACCACCAG